AUGUCUACGCCGAAGCGACAGCAGACCUACUUUUCCAAUGGACAGGCUCUCCAGAGUCCUCCGUUCUCAGUCCGCAUCACUCGCUUCUUGGAGAGGGCCUACAUCUUCCUCGGCCUGUACUUCGUGAGCCUCUUCUCGCUCGACGUCUACGCCUCGGCCCAAGCCUCUCAGUUCAACAUCUACAACAAUAAACGCGCAUCGAAUGGUUCUCGAUUUGGUGUGAGCUCGGGCAGCUGGGGUGGAGGUGGUAGUGGCGGCGGCGGCCCUCCCGGCCCGGGGUCAGGCCCAGGAAGGCGUAUCGGACGAGUUGACGAUGUUCGAGGCCCGGAGUGCGGGGGCGGGACUUGCCGGGGUUGA